AGUGUCAGACAGUGUGUGAGUUGGGCGAUUGCUGGUUCACACUGCUGGAGAAAAGAGACACAGCAGAGAGUUUGGAGAAACUUUACAUGUGUUUGGAGUCACUGAAGACAACACAGCAUAAAGAGAAUUUGAGUCUGCAUUUCACCCUGCAGCCAUGUACAUGGGGAGAUGAGCCUUUACUUUCCUUUGACCCUGUGACUUCUCCUGUCUGUAUGAUGUCCACCUCGGUGAGGGAUCCUCCACAAAGGAGGCGAUCACUCGGCCCUGUUUCACCAAAGCGAAUUUACAGGAACCUGUCUGUCAGGCUGCGGGGCAGAGACACUCCUACUGAGGGGGAGGGGUCUCAGGGGUCCAAUCAUCAUAGCAAAGUGGCAGCUAAUUACUUGUCUCUGUGGGAGGCUGUGGAGAGCGGGGAUGUUUUGGCAGUGCAGACGCUGCUGUGUAAGGAACGAGUGAGCGAGGGAGGAGAGCGAGGAGCUCAGAGAGAGAGGGACGGAGUGGAGGAGAGAGAAAGAGCAGUGAACAGUGUGAAUGAGCAGGGACUGGUUCCUCUGGAUGUAGCCAUCCUUACCCACAAUUCCCCACUGCUGCACGUGCUGGUUAAGGCUGGAGCGAGACACAACCCAAACUUGAGUAGGCCGUGUGAUUGGUCGGCAAAGUUGGAUGGACUGGUCUCUUUGGCUGAACGAAGAGUGGAGGAGAGGAGGGCGGAGCUAAAGGCACAUGGAGUGAAGCUAUUGACACAGACUGACACCCACAGAGAGUUACGCUUGUGGACUCUUCGGCAGGAACUGUACACACGCAUGAGAGAAAGAUUCCACACGAUGGAACCCCCAGGUCCCCCCAGUGCUGUUGGCCUGCAGAUGCUCACUGACACUGCACUCAGUGUGUCCAUAACACCACCGCAAGAACACAUAGCCAGCCUUAUUACCACCUACAGAGUUGAGUGGAGUACCUGUGCAGGUUUUACCCCUCUAACUGGUUGUGGAUUCAUUACUGACACAAAAAACCAUGUGUUCCACAUCACUGGACUCAGCACUGGAGUUCAGUAUUAUGUAAGAGUAUGUGCAUACAGUAUAAAAGGCUGGGGACCACCACGGAACAGCAGCCCACCCAGCACCACCCCCUCCAGCUGGAGGCAGUGCAGCAGCGUCAAAAUCAGAGGGAACAAUCAGGAAGCAGCAAUGCGGAAACUCCUGGAGCAAAUCAGAGAACCCACCUACAGAGGAUACUGUACAGAAAACCCAAGGCAGUUGAACUCAGCUAAGCGCAUGUCCAUGUCCCGUGGGCUCAAACAGUUCUUUCAUUCUGCCACAAAGUUUGUGCGCCUACUGCAGAGAGGUGCAUAUCUGGCAGUUGUGUUCUACCAGAAGGACAAUAUCUUGGUCACAGCUGAAGAUCAGCUCCCAUUGGUAGAGAUUCAAUGCUGCUCCACCUCCAUCACACAGGACUUUCUCUGGUUUGCCAAGCUGUCGUGUGCGUGGCAGCAGGUGUCCUGGCUGCAGCAGGCCAUGUCUUCAUCACUAUCCUCCUCCUCCUCACUUUUACAGAACAGACACUGCAUCCUCAGAGCAAUCAACCAGCUACAGUCCUCACUGGGGUCUGUUGAUUUAGGCCAGGUGUAUUUUGAGCCGCUGAAGGAUCACCAGGGUAACGUGCUGCUUGUGACCUUGAGAGAGGUUGUGACCUCGUUUACCCCUGCUGACCCCCAUCUGCACUGGAGUUCUCUCAAACACCUUGAGGCACGAUGGAGCAGAACACACUUACUGCCAGAACCAACAGCAGUGGAUACACUCACACAACAGCUCAGGAGGAAGUUGGAAUAUCACAGACGGAGCCUCCAGAGAGCUCAGCCUGGUCUGUAUGUUGGAAUCCUGAAGCUGUGCAGUUCAGUGGAGCAGCUCAGGGUGUUAGUGCCCCAGCGUUUACCCAAUCUGCUGUUUAACACACGUGUUCGCAACAACACUCAUGUCUCACGGGAGGAGUGGAGCUGGUUACAGAGGCACUUGAUGGGUGGGGUUGUGACUGAGAGUCCAGGGCAUGAGGCUGAUGGUUUGAUUGACAAUGCUGGAGUGAAGGAGUUUGUGAGAGAUUUGAGGACUGCUGUUACACAGCUACUGACCAAACUCAACAUUCCGUUACACAGGGCAUAUCAGUAUCGGUUGUACACUCAGGAGUUGGUGCAGGUUGGUGAUGAAAUAUCUCUCCUCUUGCUGCUGCCUCCCAGUGAGGAGUUCAGUUCUAGUUUUUGGCCCUUAGAAGGAGUUCUGGACCCUGGGCUCACCAUGCCGCUGCACAUCUUUGAGCUGGUGCAUUUCUGGGCAUACAGUCGUGACCUGCUGUCGCUGUACUGCCAAGCGUGGGUGAGGCUGGAGCUGGACGCAUAUCUUGCCCAGCAAGCUCUGCGAGAGGCACUGGACAGCAAGGAGGUUUCAGAGUCCAGAGAGAGACUUAGCCACAUCACACAGCUCUCUCAGAGUGUGGAGGCUGUGUGGCGUGAGCGACGGUGGAUCAUGGACGUGAUGCAAUGUGUUCGCUCGAGGCAGCGUUUGGGGGCGGUGCCUCUCCACCUUAUUAUGGGCUCGCAGCCAAUCAAAUCACCCCAUGAGGAAGAGGUGGAACAACAGCUCCACCUAUCACAAACACACACUCACGUACUCAGCACAACAGCGGACACUGUUAGCUCUUCGGAUACCCACACACACGCUGGGGCGACAGCACCAGUGGACAUCCCAGGCAUCUCUGAGGUCACUGAAAAUGAAAGGACUCACCUCUGCAUGUCCCCUUCAUCAUAUUUAACUUGCACUGCCAUCAGCCAAAGCAUCCCUGACACUCAUCACUAUGGAAAUGAACCCUCUAACCACAGCAGCGGAACAUUCCACCACAGCGGCAAUGGUAUCCACCACAUUCACUCUUGCCCAGAAUUUUCCGCUUUUCCUUCAUCAUCCCUGUCUAUUUCAGAGGAGGAGAAGGAGGAGAAAGAAGAUAAAGAACAGAAUCUUGGGGAAGAGACAGUGGAGUUACUUGAGAAUUUGAACUUUCAGGAGGAAAACAUGGAGCUAAUGUCUGAUCUGGAAUUGGUUCUGGAAAAUAAAGACCACACAGAUCUAUAUGCUAACUCGGUCAAAAACACUGAUCUUGAAUCAGUUCAAGCACCAAACCAAGCAUUUUUUUGUCAAAAUGCAUUUAGAAACGGUGAUCCAGAUUCAGCUCUGGAGGAUGCAAACUGUGCUGCUAUCUGUGCUAGCACAGUCAGAAAGCCUGAUCUAGAAGCUGUUCUGCUGGAUACACACCAUCCAACCAACUGUACUACUGUAGUGACAUACACUGAUCUAGAAUCAGUUCACUCUGCUAAUGAAAUUGCUAAUGCAAUUAGAAAUGUUGAUCUAAAGACUGAUCACUGUGCUAAUGCGGUCUUAAACACUGAUCUAGGGUCAGCUUACUGUACUUAUGCUUUCAGAGACACUGAUCUAAAAUUAGUCCACUGUGUUAAUGAAGACAGAGACACUGAUCUGGAAUUAGUUCACCAAGCUAAUGCUGUAGGUGACACAGAUCUAGAAACAGUUCAUUGUGCUAAUGUGGUUAGAGACACUGAUCUGGAAUCAGUUCUGGAAGUUUCUGUGUGUGUCAGAACCACUGAGAGAGCAGCUGAAGAACAACAGGUGACCACAAGGAAACACGAGCUUGAAACUGUUUGCUAUACUUAUGUAACCAGAAGCACUGAUCUAGAGUCAAUUCACUGUGCUAAUGCAGUGAUAAACACUGAUUUAAAAACAGCUCACUGUGCUAAUGCACUCAGAGACACUGAUCUGGAACUAGUUCACUGUGAUAAUGCAAACAGACACACUGAUCUGGAAUUAGUUCACUGUGAUAAUGCAGUCACAAAUGCUGAUCUAGAAUUAGUUUGUUGUGCUAAUACAGUCAUAAACAUGGAUCUAGGGUCAGUUCACUGUGCUAAUACAGUUACAGACAGUGAUCAAAAAUCAGUUUAUUGUGCUAAUGCAGACAGAGAUGCUAAAAUAGAAUUAGUUCAUUGUGGUAAUUCAGGCAGAGACACCGAUCCACAAUCACUUGACUGUGCUAAUGCAGUCAGAGACACUGAUCCAGAAUCAGAUCAAUGUGUUAAUGCUGUCAGAGACACUGUUCUAGAAUCAAUUCAAUGUGCUAAUGCAGUCAGAGGCAGUGAUCCAGAAUUAGUCUGCUGUGCUAAUGCAGUCAAAGACACUCCUCCAGAAUCAGUUCAGUGUGCUAAUGCAGUCAGAGACACUGAUCCAGAAUCAGUCUGCUGUGCUAAUGCAGUCAAAGACAGUGAUCUACAAUCAGUUCAGUGUGCUAAUGCGGUCAGAGACAAUGAUCCAGAAUCAGAUCAAUGUGUUAAUGCUGUCAGAGACACUGUUCUAGAAUCAAUUCAAUGUGCUAAUGCAGUCAGAGACACUGAUCCAGAAUCAGUCCACUAUGCUAAUGCAGUCAGAGACAGUGAUCUAGAAUCAGUUCAGUGUGCUAAUGCAGUCAGAGACACUGAUCCAGAAUCAGUCCACUAUGGUAAUGCAGUCAGAGACAGUGAUCUAGAAUCAGUUCAGUGUGCUAAUGCAGUCAGAGACACUGAUCCAGAAUCAGCCCACUAUGCUAAUGCAGUCAGAGACAGUGAUCUAGAAUCCGUUCAAUAUGCUAAUGCAAACAGAGAGACUGAUCCAGAAUCAGCACACUGUGCUAAUGCAGUCAGAGACAGUGAUCUAGAAUCAGUUCAAUAUGCUAAUGCAAACAGAGACACUGAUCCAGAAUCAGCACACUGUGCUUAUGCAGUCAGAGACAGUGAUGUAGAAUCAGUUCAAUGUGUUAUCGGAGAGACUGAUCUAGAAUCAGUUCUGGAAGCUUCUGUGUAUGUAGGAGGCAUUGAGAGAUCAGCUACAGUACCCCAGUUGACCAUGACAGGGUGCAGUUUGCCGACCAGGAUCCUGGUAGAGUGGGUGACCACAUCAUCCAGUCAGGAGGUUAAACAGUAAUGCAAAUGAGUUGAGCACUGACUGACUUUAAUAAUUGAGUAUAUGUAACUGAAUUACUUGAUGGGUAUUCAGUGAACUGUGAGGAAGAACAGAAAAAAUAACUUCACAGCAAUUAGACUUUCCUCCAGUUGAUUGUGUACAUUUAUGUUUGGGGAAUAAUAUACUGAAAUAUUAAAUGCACAGCAAAACUUUAUUUAAAGUGUAAACAUAAUUUUGUUACAGUACAUUUAGAGUUUUUACACAGUACAAACGUGUUAAACUGGUCAGUAAUUUAAACUGAGUGAUUAUAGAAUAAUACUGGCAUCUGGAACAGUUAACCCAGUAAUACCCUUGCCCCUUAAUUUAUUGUAAACACUGUCAAAGUGCAACUCUGUUGCUUCUAUAUUUGUUUAAUAGAAAGUUGAGUUUUUAAUGACAAAUUUAAUGAUGAGUUUUAAAGAUAAACAUCUCCAUGAAAUAGAGUCAAACACUUUGACAUUAAUAACAGAUUGCUUCUCUGGAGUCUGUGGGUGUGAAUGUUCUGUUGAAGCACUGUUUAUCCCGUGGAAGGUUUAGAUUAGUAUUGUUUUCUGUGUAGAUAUUAAGCCAUAAUGCUGUGGAUGUUGUAAUAUUUACUGCUACUGUACUAAUAACAUGUUGUUUUGCUUGUAAUAUUAAAGUUUUGAAUGAAAAUGUG